CCUUCAAAAACUAAUAUAGAUAUUCAUCAUUUCCAAUUUAGAAAAAACAAUAAAAUAAAAAUAAAAAACAUGGAAUUUUUUAGAAAAUUAAGUAUACUUGUUAUUUUUUGUCUCAUUACAAUUUCCUCUGAAAUAAUUCACACAAAUGGUAAUCAACAAAAUGUUGAAGAGGAUAAAAAAGAACAAUCUCCUACACAAAUUCUAGAAGAGGCUUAUUCUAUGCUUCUUACAUCUACAUUACGUUCUUUGGAUGUGGCUAAGUCAUAUAUUAAUCAACUUCAACUUAAGUAUUUUCCUCCAAAUGUAGAUUUCAGAAGCAAUGAUGAUGUCAGUGCUAAUGGAGGUGCUGGAGGGAGGAUAAUGGAGGCUACUCAGAAGAGCUUUGAGAAGAGCAAAGAGACUGUAAAAGGAUCCGCUAAAUCGGCUGCCGAGGCGGUGGAGCAGAAAGUGCAUGACACAGCUGACAAAGUGAAGGAUACAAUAUCUGCAGGGCGCAAAACAGAUGAGAAAACUGAAGACACUGUGCCUUCUGGACAUGAUGAACUCUGAAAAUAAUGUACUAACAAGUCAAGAAGUGAUUAGCAUUUCUUCCUUUCUCUUCUCUACUGUAACACUUUUGACUUGCUACCAGGUGACUCUAUCCACCAAAGCUUGGUAGAUAAGAAGAAACCUCAGGAUUCUCAACUCGCUUCUGUAGUAUGAUAUUUUUUUUUCCCCAUAGGUCUUUUAUAGCAUCAUAAGUGUAAUUUGUCUACAUUCAAAAUUUGAUUACUGUAAAAAAAAUCCACAAGUUUAGGUAAA